AAACGUUCCUUCAGGGAGCUAGCAUUGGAAGUAUCAGAGCAAAGCCAUAGCUCGCAAGCUGAAAAGAAAAAAGCAUUGCUCUUUGUUGAAUUAUUAGAGGCAGCUCCCAUAGUUGCAAAAAACAAUCAAGGGGAUGAAGAGAUUCUUUUUGCACAUGUGAAGAAACUGGAGCGACUCUCUUUCAAAGGACCCUUUUCUAUUUCCACCGAAACAGCAUUAUUCGACAAUAUUUCUGCCGAUGUACAAUGUUCCAAAUGCCAACCUACUCCAGCACCAGAAGUAUUUCAGAGUUCACCAUACGCUUCAAUUCUUGAACAGAGAAAAUACGUCGAGCUGGACAAGAAAGUAAGUCAAUUUCUGAAUGAAGACUGGGCUUUAGAGAAUACGGCACGGAGAUGUGCAUGUGCAAAAAUCCUUGCAGGAUGCAUACUAGUGAAAACCACAACUAGCAAUCCCCAUGCCAUCUUAGUAAAUUGCAUCGAAGUGUAUGGACGAAAAAAGCAUGUCUAUGUUCAUUGUGAACCGUUCCAGGUCUCAAAAGGGAUCGCCACUAAAACAUCAACUCCAGGAAGCCACGAGCACCGAUAUGUGGACGUGUAUCCAACAACAAUGCAUUCCAACGAUGGUGAGAGGUUGGUAAUCGGAACUCACACAAUGAACGCCCUUGUCACAUCAUCAAUCCGCAUUGACCAAAAAGAGAAACCAUCAGUAGGCGGCAAAACUCUCUCUUUCUUGGUAGAAGAUGAAAGGAGCUCUUUCAACACAAGGAUUUACCUUGAUCAGGAAUCCAUCGAUCGAGCAAUGGAAAUUGCAAGUGACAAGGAUGUUUGGUACAGCGAGCGCGAAAAUAAAGUAGAGCAAAUCCGUCAAAUUCGAAGCAAAUUUGUCAAGCUACAAUCAUACCUCCUCUGUCGAGCAUGGGGUCCAUUAACUCCAAGUCACUUAAUGCAGCCUUACAGCAUCUUCACUCUU